AUGACGUUCGAUAUCCCCUCUUCCACUCGUCAAGACUCCUACCUCCCCAUCCCCCCCGCCUACGAAGAAGCCCUCCAAAAAGCCAAAGCGCAAUUCGAAGCUCAAAACGACCCUGCAAAGGAAUCCGAUUGGGAAGACGCAGGUGAACGUGAAGAUGUCAAACUCUUCAAAAAGACCAACCCCGAAAACGCUUACGACGUACCCAUCGUCAAAGGUGUUACCAUUGUCGAAAAUGCCACUCCCUCUCAAGUUCUCGCUGUAAUCCAACAACCCGGUAUGCGUAAGAAAUGGGAUUCCCGAUUCGACGCCGCGAACCAACUCGAACGUUACGGUCCCCAAAAGUAUCUCUUCUACACCUACAUGAAGUCCCCCUCUUACUUCGUUUGGGCAAGAGACAUUGUCGGUGUACAGGAAAACAUCGUUACCGAUAACGGAGACAGGAUUGUAAUCAUCCAGACUUCGGUCAAUGAUAAACAGUACGUUGAUGAGGAUGGUUCUUACUCCAAGAGUCGCACUCGUGCCACACUUGAAGUUUCGGCUUGGGAUAUUACUAAGCAGGGUAACCACACCAAGUUGGAGUACGUGGUCAAGAUUCACCUCAAUGGUUCGCUCCCCACCUCCGUUGUUUCUGCGGUAGCAACCGAGACUCCGAUGUGCGUCGGUUGUGUCCGCGACGUCUACUAUCAGAUCGGUCACCUUCCCUACGACUCGGCCCAGGAUGAAGGGGAGAAGUCGGCAGGUAAGAGCAUCUUGGUCUACUCUGAAUUCGAAGAUGGUGAUGGCACAGAAGCUACCUCUGGCGAAAAGCGCUGGACUAUUUGGUACCAAGCUACAGGCGCAGAGACGAUCAAGAUCAGGUACGACAACCAGAGACUGUAUACCAGCUUGAACGUGGCAGUUGAGGGUGACGCAAAGGACGAUGUCAAGGCUAGCAUCGACAAGGAAGCUGGUAUCGUCAUGGUCGAUGUUGGUGAGGGUGCAACGGGCAAGCAGUUUUCGCUUGUUUUCACUCCCUAA